AUGUUCAAAAAGCCCCUUUCCGAUCUCAAAACAAUCGCGCCGCUACGGACCUCUGAUCGCCGGAAGCUCAAGCAGCGCGUGCUCGAGACCUACAGUCAUGUCAAGCCCGAGGAGGGCGACGUCCUCGUGCCAGAGGGAUUGCAUCACCAGAAGUUUGCGACAUACGCGGACGAGCCCGGGGUAGCCUACUUCUCUGUGGAGGGUGACCCGCUCUGGUUCACCAUUGGCAAGAACUCCGUUGCGUUGAUACCGACAGUGUACACACUAUGGAAACGCCCCGACCUCCUCCCUUUCCUCUCCACGCCCGCACCCGUCGUCCCCAAGCUCGUCGGCGGAGCCGAUCUCAUGAUACCAGGAGUGGUCCAGCACUCACCCGGCCUGCAGGCGGACCAGCUCGUCGCGAUCACGCAAUACCAUAGGGAGAAGCUCGGGUACCCGAUCGCGGUCGGGCGGUCGGCGGUGGAUGAGCAAAAGCUCGCAAAGGCGGAGGAGAGCGACGUGAAGGGCAAGGCGGUGUACGUGCUGCAUACGUGGAAAGACGCAUUGUGGGAGAUGGGCGCGAGUAAGGGCCAAGACGUGCCGGAGCCCAGUUUCGUGGAACCUACAGCGAAUGCACAGAACGGGGCGCAUGGAAACGCGGAGGAAAACAUGGAGGCAGUGGUCCAGCAGCCUACGACAAAUGGCGCAUCAGCGCAGCACCAGACUGGAGAAGACGGCACAGCUGCGGAAGCCUCGUCGCCACCUCUGAACGCAGAAGAUGUAUCACAGUUCCUACGUGAUGCACUGCUGCAAGCCCUGCAAACGUCGCUCGCCUCACUCCCCGCAUCUGCAUUCCCCAUAACCGCCUCAACAUUCUGGACCACCUACGUACUCCCCGCGCGGCCAGUGCACGCGCCUGACAGGAAAGAACCGCUUGAUAUGGGCAGCAUCGACGCGAAGCACUCCACGUACAAGUCGGUGAAAGCUUUCUUGAAAGCGUGCGCAAAGGAUGGUCUCAUCAAGCUCAAGGACGCCAAAGGUGGUGAUGUGGUCGUGACAGGUAAGGCUGCCGUGCGGCAGAUCUCUUGCGAUCCCAUCCAGAAGGCUGAUGACCCGCAUUCCGAUGUCAAUGACCACAGACAGCACCGAACGGUGAAGGAAGUUGAGCUGAGGCAGCAAAAGGCCGAGGAUCGGGAGCGAAGAGAGAGAGAAGCGGAGGAGAAACGGAGGGGCGAGAUCCAAGUCACAGAGUUCUGGAAGCCCUUCGGCACUACUCUCAAUUUCUUCGUAGCUGCCGACAAGGAGACCUCCGAGCUUUUUACUCUCCCUGACCUCAAAACGAUCCUCAACAGCUAUAUUUCUGCGAAGUCACUCGUAAACGCGCAGGAACAGGCAUUCAUCAAUGUCGGUCAGGAUAGUGCACUCCUCGCGGCGGUCACCAGCAAGAACGAGUUGGGCGUAGAGUUCCUGAAGCGCGACGAGGUAUUGACUCGGCUGAAGGACCGCAUGCAAGGCUGGUACGAGCUUCGGGUGGAAGGCAGAGAUGUAUUGCGGAAGAAGGGCCAACUGAAGCCGAUCCAGGUCAUCGUGAAGAUACGCCAGGGCCGCAAGGCGUGCACGCUCGUGACCGGCUUCGAGCCGUACUUCCUCAGCGCGGAGGACCUAGCGGAGGAGCUCCGACGGGUCUGCGCGAGUUCGACGUCCGUGAAUCCUGUCCAGGGGAAGGCGUCGGAAUCGGAGGUCAUGGUGCAGGGGAAGCAAAUGAAAGCCGUCACUGACAUGCUUUUGAACAAGGGUGUACCGAAGAAGUGGAUUGAGUGUGCUGAUAUGACGGCGGAAAAGAAGAAGAAAUAA